CUUUGCUGCACCCCAAACGUGAAGAAGCACAGUCACACCUCUCUCUCAACCACUUACUUCCACCGGUUUCUUUUUCCACUUGAAAAGAGAGAAUAUAAUACAACACAACACAGCACAACACAAACUCUUUCAAGUUCAUCUCUCGAGCCACCCACGCCAAGCCCUCCUCCUAUGUCCUAAGCUCACUUUGAUCAUUAUCUUUUCUCCUAACCUACUCUCUCUCUCUCUCUCUCUCUGGUCCAUAUAUGGCCAUCACUUUGUUCCAUAUAUAACGUGUUGGUGUUUAAAGGAGGGAGACAGAGAAAGUGAAACCAAUUAGAUCCCAAAAUGGAUUGGAAUUCCAAUUUGAGACACCUUGUUUCUCGACCAGAACCUUCCUUUGGCUUCCUCUACAACUAUAACUAUGACUGCUAUCCUCCUGGGAUGGAGAUGAAGCAUCAAGCAAUGAUGUCUGAGAGCUCACAAAGCUUGGUUCCUGGACUGGACAGGAACCACAGCAGUUAUGGGUGCUCUAACCAAGACAAGAAGAAGAGAUUGUCAACUGAUCAGUUAGAGUCACUUGAGAGGAGCUUUCAAGAGGAGAUAAAGCUGGACCCUGAUAGGAAGAUGAAGCUUUCAAGAGAGCUUGGCCUUCAGCCUAGGCAAAUUGCUGUUUGGUUCCAAAACAGAAGAGCCAGGUGGAAGGCCAAGCAGCUUGAGCGCUUGUAUGAUGCUCUUAAACAAGAGUAUGAUUUGGUCUCCAAAGAGAAGCAAAAGCUCCAAGAAGAGGUCAUGAAAUUGAAGACAAUUCUGAGAGGUGAAGUUGCUAGGAAACAAGUUUCCACCGGCUACACUGAAAUCUCCGGUGAAGAGACGGUGGAGAGCACGUCGGUCGCCAUUCGGAGCUCUAACAAAGGGGUAGGGACGAGCCAACAUCAGGUGGCAGAGUGCAACUACCUCUUCAAUGUUGAGGAAUAUAACCCAGUAUCGCCACCUUUCUGGGGAGCUCUGCCUUCUUAUCCCUAAGCUAAGAGGCUGUUGUUGUUGUUGCUGAAGUUACUUGUAACUUUAAUUUUCUCAGGGUUCUGCUUUAGUUAUUAGCUUAGUUUGAGGAACUAGUACUUUACUUUCUUCUGGCUCUCUGGCUCGGUACUAAAUUAGAUAAUUGACAUUACAUUCA